UAAGAAGAAAAAGUCUCAUUCAUAAUUCAUAUAAUAAUUAAGAAUAAAAGGAAGAAGAAAUGGAGGAAUCACCAUCAACAUCAAGAAAAUCUCUGAUGGAGAAUCUAUUAGGCCUUCUGAGGGUUCGUGUGAAGCGUGGUGUUAACCUUGCUGUUCGUGAUGUUCGUAGCAGUGAUCCUUAUGUUGUUAUCAAGAUGUAUAAUCAGAAACUUAAGACUCACGUUAAAAAAAAGAAUGUUAAUCCUGAGUGGAAUGAAGACCUUACUCUGUCUGUUAUAGAUCCUAAUCACCCAGUUACAUUGACUGUGUAUGAUCAUGACACUUUUAGCAAAGAUGACAAAAUGGGAGAUGCAGUAUUUGACGCCUCGACCUUCAUAGAAGCCCUGAGGAUGAAUGUAACCGGCCUUGCAAACGGCACCGUACUCAAGCGGAUACCACCAAGCAAACACAACUGCCUUGCCGAGGAGAGCUGUAUCUAUUAUAGCAAUGGCAAAAUUAUCCAAGAUAUGAUCCUUAGAUUGCAAAAUGUGGAAUGUGGUGAAGUUGAAAUCACUUUGCACUGGAUUGAUCUUCCUGGUUCUAAAGGUUUAUAAUCUUAUGAGAUGUUUGUUUAUCAACAACUUCGUAUACUUAUAUUUAUGUCCAGUUUGUUGUAAUGUAAUGUAUUUAGUACAGUUGGGAUAUUUCAUUUUUCAUGUUUAGAAAUCCAUUUUCUUGUUUUUUUUUUUCCUUCACAUGUUAUUGAACUGAAUUUUUCCAAUUUGGAUGAAACUUAGGUUUUGUGCUA